AUGUCACAAUCAAUUAGUGAUAUUAAAUUAGUAAAAUUUUAUUAUAGACAUUAUAAAUUAGGACCACAAGAUUUUUGUAGAGAAUAUGGUGGAAAUGUUGAUGGAUUAAAUAAAUUUUUAACAGGAAAUUAUGAUUCAUUAGCAGCAAGAGAUGCAUUAAGAUCAUUUUGGGAGCGUUUUAAUACCAAUCAAUUAAUGAAAUCUCAAGCUGGUGAUGAAGAUGAUGGUGACGAAUUCAAUAGUACAUUUGGUGGUGGUGAUAGUAUGUUAUUGUCACCAAUUAAAGUCACAUCACCAAUGUCAUCAAGUAGUAGUAGUACAAACACAACCAAUAGUAAUGGGCAAAUCAUAGGUAACCGAUCAUUUUCAUCAUUAGCAGAGGCAACUAGUAAUGCAACAACAACAACAACAUCGACAACAACCACAGGUGGUAAACCAGAAUCAAAACGUGUUAGAAAUCUAUUGAAAACCUAUUACGGACCAGGUAUUGGUGAAGGUAGUGAUUCAUCAUCAAUGAAUGAUCCAUUGAAUAUCGAUGGUCCAUCAUUCAAUUUAAAUAGUUAUUUCGAUAGUAUCGUUAAAUCAAGUACACUCAACCAAUUAAUUCAAAAAGAUAAUCAAAUGGUAAGUGAAAUUCGUACAUUAGAUGGUGAUAUGAAAACAUUGGUCUAUGAUAACUAUACAAAAUUCAUCAAUGCUACCGAUAUCAUUAAGAAAAUGAAAACCAACGUUGAAAAUAUGGAAGAAGGUAUGGCUUUACUUUCAAAAAAUAUGGAUUUAAUUACAAAUUGUAGUGAAAAAAUUAAUUCAACUUUAUCUGUAAGAAGAGAUAGAAUUGAUCAAUUAAGUGGUUUACAAAAAUUUUUUCAAAAAUUACAAUUUUUAACAGCAUUACCAUCAAGUUUAAAUCAUUGUUUAGCAAUGCAAGCAUAUAAUCAAGCUGUUAGAUAUUAUAAUAGUAAUAGUGGUAUUUUAAAACAAUAUAGUCAUAUACCAUCAUUUCAAAAUAUUCAAAAUGAAUGUGAUUCAAUAAUGAAAACAAUGAAAGAUAAAUUAUAUGAAAGAUUAUCAAGUUUAUCUACAUCACAAACUGAUUGUGUUGAAUCAGCAGAAGUUUUAAUGGAUUUGUUAGAACCAGUUGAAUUGGUUAGAUCAAAAUAUUUAGAGAGUAGAAAACAUCAUACAAUUACAUUAUUAGAGAAUUUAGAAAAGAAAUCGGUUGAACAUAUUACAGAUUAUAUAAAGGAAUUGAAUGCAAAUUUCUUAUCGGAAUAUUCUUAUAAUAUCACUUCGUACAAGUCAUUGUUUAUAAAUAGAUUGGAUGGUAGUGAUAGUAAGAAGGAGAGACAACAAAGUUUACUUCAAUUGGAGGACUUUUCAAAGGACUUAUUCAACAAGUAUUUAAAUAUUGCAAAAUCGAAAUUAUCUUCAUUCAAAGAUCCAAUUGAAAAGAUUAUGGCAUUGGAGAUUAUUAAUUCCGAUGUUUCAAGAUUGGGUUCAGAGUUGUCCUCUCAUGAAAAGAUUACUAAUAUUAUCAAUUCCACAGUACAUGACCAAAUCGAUUUCUAUUUUGAUAAUCUUCAAAAAACAAUUAAAGAACAUAUUCAUCAAUUGAAUUCAACACUCAAUGAGAGGAGAGAUGAGGUGUUGGAGGGUCAUAAUCUACAAGAGCUAUCAGAUGCAACCUCAAAGGCAAUUGUAAAUGAUAUCAUUUUGCUAUUUGCAAAUUUGAAACCAUUCUUCCUUCCAACAGAAACUCAAUUCCUCUCAAGUUAUCAAGACACAAUCUUCACCAAAAUUCAAGUAAAACUACAACAAUUCUUUUUAUUUUUAGUUAAUAUUCACUUUUUAGAGUAUUUAGAUAUCAUUGCAACCACAUCCAACCGUGAGCAAUUUAGUGGUCGUUUCCUAUUGGUACUCUCAUCGAUUUGUUUAUACUUUGAAAAUAAAGGUAUCACAUUGGUCGUUCAAUUGAUGAGUGAAUUCAUAACGGUGGCAAAACAAGGUGCAAAGAAAGAACUCAACGUUUUCAGUUUCAAUGCUCCUGAUCUCUGUAAGAGAGUCAGAGAAACUGGUUUACAAAUUUUAAAUGUUUUCACUCGUUUAUCAAGUCAAAAAUUGGAUAAAAUCUUAAAGAAAGGUUUAGAAUCAAUUCCAAAUAAUAAUUGGUUAGUAUUGAAAGAACCAAGAGAUGUUAGAUCAGUAAAUGAUAUCUAUUUAGAAGAGAUACUAAAAUUCCAAAAUGAAACUUCAAAACUUUUACCAGUUAUAAAUCAUCAUCAUCAUUCUUUAAAAUCUCAUUCAAGAACUGGUAGUGGUGGUAAUAGUGUUUCUUCAAAUAACUCUUCCUCGAAUACACCAGAUGGUCAUAGAAGAAAUCCUUCAGCAUCAUCAUCAUCAUCAUCAAAUAAUACAAAUACAACUUUAUUCGAAAAGAAAGUUGACCAUGUCGAUUUUAAUACUCUUAGUGUUUUAAUUGCUAUCAUUAAACUUUCACUUAAAUCUUUUAAUGAAUCUUUAAGAUUAAAAACUUUUGGUACAAAUGGUUGUCAUCAAAUUCAAAUUGAUUUACAUUAUUUAAAAUUAUCAUUAUAUGAUUUAUUUGGAAGUAAUUCGUUUGAUAAUUUAUUACAAGAAUGUGAAAAUACUGUAACUGAAAGAUGCGUUGACCCAUUACCAUUGGCAAAAUCUAUUGUAUCAAAAAUUUGUGAAACAAAAAUGAAUAAAAAGAAAAAUAAUGAAGCUGAAAGCUAA